CGGGGACGGGCGAUGCUCCGCCGCCGCGGCGGCUCCGCGCACGGCCGGCCCUAGAGGAGCGCACCCAGGGACGGCUCCGCGGCCGCCCGGCCGACGUCCUGCCCCGGCGCGAUGGCCACCGAGGUGCUGUGCGGGCUCACCUUCAGGCUGCUGCUGCCCGUGUGCCUGGCUGCCGCCUGUGCUUUCCGUUACAAUGGACUCUCCUUUGUCUACCUCAUCUACCUCCUGCUCAUUCCUUUGUUUUCAGAACCCACAAAAACAACGAUGCAAGGGCAUACAGGACGAUUAUUAAAAUCUCUGUGUUUCACCAGUCUAUCAUUUCUGCUGCUGCACAUCAUCUUUCAGAUUACAAUAAACAGUCUUGAAGCUGGAAGAACUAUUGAACCUGGUUUUAACUGUUCCACGUGGGAGAAAACAUUACGGCAGAUUGGUUUUGAAAGUGUGAAAGGAGCAGAUGCUGGCAACGUGAUCAGACUAUUUGUACCAGACAUCGGGAUGUUCAUUGCGAGCCUGACAAUAUGGCUCCUCUGCCGCAACAUGGUUCAGAAGGCAAUAAGCGAGGAUGCGGUGCAGUGCAACGCGCAGUUUGAAAAUGAGGAAAUGGCUGUAAGAGAAAAGUUAGAGCCAGACGAUGCUUUGAUGUAUGAAGAAGACCUGGAUGAUGAAGACUGUGGUGAAGCAGAAUUUGAGGAAACAAUGAAAUUGAAACUGCUGCGUAGAAUUGCCUCCCUAGCAUCCAAACUGAGAGAGUUUAUUGGCAACAUGAUAAUCACCACUGGAAAAGUUGUUGUUACAAUUUUACUUGGUUCAGCAGGUAUGAUGGUGCCAUCCUUGACCUCAGCUGUAUAUUUCUUUGUAUUUUUGGGCCUGUGCACAUGGUGGUCCUGUUGCCAAGCAUUUGAUCCGCUGAUAUUCAGCUGUCUGUGUGUAUUAAUGGCUAUAUUCAGUGCAGGGCACUUGAUUGGACUUUAUCUGUACCAGCUGCAGUUCUUCCAGGAGGUUGUUCCACCGAAAGACUUCUAUGCCAGGUUGUUUGGUGUUACUUCUCUUACACAGACAAAUUGCUCAAGCACUUGGAUGAUCAUCAAAAAUCAAGAGUUACACUGGUAUCACCACGCCAAUCCAGUCUUACUGCUGGUGAUGUACUACACCCUUGCAACUCUGAUCCGCCUUUGGCUACAAGAGCCCAUUCAGAUACCUGAUGAAGAGAAAUCUGAGAGCAGAGAAGAUGACAAAGAAAUACCUUGCAGUCCAAUUCCAAUGACGGCAGAGAGAAGACGCAGUCUGUGGUAUGCGAGCCACUAUACAACUGAUGAGAGAAAACUUCUGUCAAUGACCCAAGAUGAAUACAAGCCAUCGGAUGUUCUGCUUGUAACAGUGAACGGGAACCCUGCUGACUAUCACACCAUCCACCCCACACUGCCAUUAGAGAAUGGCCCGGCCAAAGCAGACGUGUACUCAACACCACAGUACAAAUGGGAGCCCUCGGAUGACAUGUCAGAAAAGGAAGAGGAGGAGGUAGAGGAGGAGGAAGAAGUUACUCAGGAAGAAAAAGAAAAUGUUAAAUUGCAUGCCCUGGUCUCUGUGUUCCAAUUUAUCAUGAAGCAAAGUUACAUUUGUGCUUUGAUAGCUAUGAUGGCAUGGAGUAUCACAUAUCACAGCUGGCUGACUUUUGUGCUGUUGAUCUGGUCUUGCACACUGUGGAUGAUUCGAGACCGAAGGAAAUAUGCUAUGAUCAGUUCUCCGUUCAUGGUUUUCUACGGAAAUUUACUACUAAUAUUACAAUAUAUAUGGAGUAUUGAACUCAACAAUGAUGAGCUUCCUCAAGUAUCAGGUUUUUUAGAAAGAAAGGAACCUGGAGAGUUAGCAUCGAAGAUUCUUUUUACAAUUACUUUCUGGCUACUGCUUAGGCAACACCUCACUGAACAGAAAGCACUUCAGCUAAAAGAAGCUACUUUAUCUGAGGUCAAAGUUGGAAGUGAAGAAGGUGAAAAAGAAGAGGGAGAGUUGCAAGAGGGAGAAGUGGCAGAAGAAGAGGAGGAGCAGGAAGAGGAACAGGAAGAUGAUGAUGAGGAUGAACAGGAUAUUAUGAAAGUUCUGGGGAAGCUGGUGAUGGCUAUGUUCAUCAAAUAUUGGAUUUACGUCUGUGGAGGCAUGUUCUUCUUUGUCAGCUUUGAGGGUAGAAUUGUCAUGUACAAAAUCAUCUAUAUGGUGUUAUUCCUGUUCUGUGUGGCCCUCUAUCAGGUGCACUAUGAAUGGUGGAGAAGGAUUCUGAAAUACUUUUGGAUGUCAGUUGUUGUUUACACGAUGCUGGUACUUAUCUUCAUCUACACAUACCAGUUUGAGUCAUUCCCUGGGUUGUGGAAAAAUAUGACAGGCCUGGAUGAAAACAAACUAGCAGACCUUGGUUUAAAAAGAUUUUCUGUGGCUGAGCUAUUCACUCGCAUCUUUAUCCCCACCUCCUUCCUACUGGCGUGUAUCUUACACCUUCACUAUUUCCAUGACCGUUUCCUCCAGCUCACUGAUUUAAAAGCUGUAACCAGCAAACAGGACAAUACAAUUUACAGCCAUGCCAAAGUCAAUGGCCGUGUUUAUCUAAUAAUAAAUAGCCUCAAGAAAAAAUUACCAAACCACCAAAAUGAACUGGUGCAUCAAGAUGGAAGCCUGCCUGACAUAACUAUGAUGAAUUUAACAGCCAGCAGUGAAAAGGAAGAGGAUAAAAUGCUGAAAGAGGCUGGUGAGAAAAGAAAGGAAGAGCCAGAUGGGGAGGGAGGGAAAGGGAGGGCUGAAAAAGGAAAAGAAGAAGAGGAAGAUGAGGAGAAGGAAGAUGAUGAUGUAGACGACGAGUCAGAGGAAGAAGAAACUACAGACCUAAGAAACAAGUGGCAUCUGGUGAUUGACCGUCUCACAGUGCUGUUUUUGAAAUUCCUGGAGUACUUUCAUAAGAUGCAAGUCUUUGUGUGGUGGCUUUUGGAGCUGCAUAUCAUCAAAAUCGUCUCCUCUUAUAUCAUCUGGGUCACAGUAAAAGAGGUGUCUCUGUUUAACUUUGUGUUUUUAAUUGCUUGGGCUCUUGCUUUGCCAUAUGCUCAGUUUCGCCCAUUGGCAUCAAGUAUCUGCACUGUCUGGACAUGUGUGAUUAUUGUCUGCAAAAUGUUGUACCAGCUCACAUCUAUUGAUCCCAGCACUUUUUCCAGUAACUGUACAUUGCCUAGAGAAAAUGAAACAAAGGUUGAUUUAGAAGAACUCAAAACGUCAGUCCUCUACAGCGGUCCGGUUGAUCCUGCAGAAUGGGUUGGAUUGAGAAAGUCUUAUCCUCUACUUUUAUACUUAAGGAAUAACUUACUGAUGCUGGCUAUUCUGGCUUUUGAAGUUACAAUUUACCGUCAUCAAGAGUACUACAGAUGUCGAAAUAACCUUACUGCACCUGUAACUAAAACUAUUUUCCAUGAUAUUACAAGAGCACAUCUGGAUGAUGGACUGGUAAACUGUGUCAAGUAUUUCAUAAACUACUUCUUCUACAAGUUUGGUUUAGAGACCUGUUUUCUGUUAUCAGUGAAUGUAAUUGGUCAACGGAUGGAUUUUUAUGCCAUGAUUCAUGCCUUCUGGUUGAUUGCUGUAUUGUAUCGACGUAGAAGAAAAGCUAUUGCAGAGAUCUGGCCAAAGUAUUGCUGUUUUCUGGCAUGCAUCAUUACAUUCCAGUAUUUCCUUUGUAUUGGCAUUCCACCUGCUCCUUGUAAAGACUAUCCAUGGAGAAGUGGUAAUGCCAACUUCAACUCGAAUAUCAUAAAGUGGUUAUACUUUCCAGACUUCAUUGUGAGACCAAACCCUGUCUUCCUUGUCUAUGAUUUCAUGUUGCUGCUGUGUGCAUCCUUACAAAGGCAAACAUUCGAGGAUGAAAAUAAAGCUGCUGUACGAAUCAUGGCUGGAGACAAUGUGGAAAUUUGUAUGAAUCUUGAAGCAGCAUCUUUUAGCCAGCACAAUCCUGUUCCAGACUUCAUUCAUUGCCGGUCCUAUUUAGAUAUGUAUAAAGUGAUAAUCUUUAGUUACCUCUUCUGGUUCGUGCUUACUAUAAUCUUCAUAACGGGAACAACAAGGAUCAGCAUAUUCUGUAUGGGCUACUUGGUUGCCUGCUUUUAUUUCCUUCUCUUUGGUGGAGAUCUGCUGCUGAAACCCAUCAGGAGCAUCCUGCGCUACUGGGACUGGCUGAUUGCGUACAAUGUUUUUGUGAUCACCAUGAAGAACAUACUCUCGAUAGGAGCAUGCGGCUACAUUGAGUCUUUAAUUCAGAAUAGUUGCUGGUUGAUUCAGGCAUUUAGUCUGGCUUGCACAGUUAAAGGCUACCGUAUCCCAACCAACAACGCAGACUGUAAACUACCUAGUGGAGAAGCAGGAAUCAUCUGGGACAGUAUAUGUUUUGCUUUUCUGCUGCUGCAAAGAAGAGUCUUCAUGAGUUAUUACUUCCUUCAUGUGGUUGCAGAUAUAAAAGCUUCCCAGAUCCUGGCAUCAAGGGGUGCUGAGCUUUUCCAGGCUACAAUUGUUAAGGCAGUAAAGGCAAGAAUUGAAGAGGAAAAAAAAUCAAUGGAUCAACUGAAAAGACAAAUGGAUCGCAUCAAAGCCAGGCAGCAAAAAUAUAAAAAGGGUAAAGAGAGGAUGCUAAGCAUGACACAGGAUUCCACAGAAGGGCCUGAAAUUCGGAAGGUUUCAGAAGAAGAUGAUGAAGGAGAAGCAGACAAAGAGAAAGCCAAGGGCAAAAAAAAGCUGUGGUGGCGGCCUUGGGUUGAUCAUGCUUCCAUGGUCAGAAGUGGAAAUUAUUAUUUGUUUGAGACGGACAGUGAAGAGGAAGAGGAAGAAGAGAAAAAAGAAGAGGAGGAGCCUCGAAAAAAAUCUGCAUUUCAGAGAGCUAUUGGAAAAUUUGCUUCAGCAAUUUUAGCCUUGCCAAAGUCUGUCAUUAAACUACCAAAAACUAUUCUUCAGUAUUUAAUCAAAGCAGCUAAGUUUGUUUAUCAGGCCUGGAUUACUGAUCCUAAAACUGCACUACGACAGAGGCGCAAAGAAAAGAAAAGUUUUCAAAAAGAGGAGAAGCGAAGGCGUAAAGUAUAUGGGGAUGGAAGUACUGAUGCAGACUGCGAAGACAGCGAAGAAGAACCUGUCAAGAAGAAGUCUGAUGGCCCAGAUAACAUCAUCAAGAGGAUAUUUAAUAUUUUGAAGUUCACUUGGGUCCUUUUCCUGGCAACACUAGACAGUUUUACAGCUUGGCUUAAUUCCAUCUCAAGAGAACACAUCGAUAUCUCUACUGUGCUGAGAAUCGAACGUUGUAUGCUGACCAGGGAAAUUAAGAAGGGAAACGUUCCUACCCGGGAGAGCAUCCAUAUGUAUUACCAGAACCAUAUGAUGAAACUUUCUAAGGAGUCAGGACUGGACUCAAUUGAUAAAAAUCCUGGGCAAGCUUCCGGUUUGCAAACAUCUGAAAGAAUGGAUAGUUUGGAUUCAGCAGCUUCUCGAGACAGUAUCUCCAGUGAGCCUACACAGGUCACCAUGCUCUAUUCUCGUCAGGGGACGACAGAAACCAUUGAGGAGGUAGAAGGAGAGCACGAAGAGGAAGGAGCUCAUUCUGCUUCAAGGCAGGAUGAAGAAGAGGUGGAAGAUUACAGCCUGGGUUCAGAAGGAGCUGCGUAUACUCCUGACACCGAUGUGCCAUUGUACUCCACUGUGGACAGCAAUGCAGAGGCACCACCUUCCUAUAGCAAAGCUGUCAGCUUUGAACAUCUUCCUUUCGGCUCCCCAGAUGACUCAGCUGGAAAGAGUCUCAUGAUGGUGAGCCCAGAUGACAGUCGGACGGACAGACUUAAUGAUGCAAUUCUCCCUCCAUUGACACAUGAGCUAACGGCUAGUGAGCUGCUUCUGAACAAGAUGUUUCAUGAUGAUGAACUAGAGGAAUCAGAGAAGUUCUAUGUUGGUCAGCCUCGAGUCUUGCUUCUUAUUUAUGCCUUGUACAAUACUCUAGUGGCCCGGUCAGAAAUGGUUUGUUAUUUUGUGAUCAUCCUUAACCACAUGAUCUCUGCCUCUAUGAUAACGCUGGUUCUGCCCAUCCUUAUCUUCCUUUGGGCCAUGCUGUCUGUCCCUCGACCAAGCAAGCGUUUCUGGAUGACUGCCAUUGUCUACACUGAGGUAGCCAUUGUCAUCAAGUACUUCUUCCAGUUUGGCUUCUUUCCUUGGAAUAAAUAUGUGGAUUACACAAAAGAUAAACCUUAUCAUCCACCCAAUAUUAUUGGGAUAGAGAAGAAAGAAGGCUAUGUGCACUAUGAUCUUGUUCAGCUCCUUGCUUUAUUUUUCCACAGAUCCAUUUUAAAGUGCCAUGGACUGUGGGAUGAAGAUGAGAAAGGGGACAACUCCAGUAAUAAAGGAGAUACUGAUGAUGAGCUUUCUCUGCCAGGAGGCAGGAGAGACUCUUCUGGGUCUCUGAAGUCUGUCAACCUUGCAGCAUCAGUGGAGUCCAUCCAUGUCCACUUCCCUGAGCAGCAGACAGCAAUCAGGAGGAAGAGCUCCAGCAGUGCAUCACAGCUUUCUCACAGAUCCAGCUUCUCCUCACACAGAUCUAAGAGAGGAAGCACCAGUACAAGAAACAGCAGUCAGAAAGGAAGCAGUGUGCUAAGCAUCAAGCAAAAAUCUAGGAAAGAACUUCUUAUGGAAAAGUUUCGAGAACAAAUGAUCAAAGCCAAGGCCUUUACAAUUAAAAAGACACUCCAGGUGUAUGUGCCCAUCAGACAAUUUUUCUACAAUCUUAUUCAUCCAGACUACAGUGCAGUGACUGAUGUAUAUGUGCUGAUGUUCCUGGCAGAUACAGUGGACUUUAUCAUCAUUGUCUUUGGAUUUUGGGCUUUUGGGAAACACUCUGCAGCAGCAGAUAUUACCUCUUCAUUAUCAGAGGACCAGGUUCCAGAGGCAUUUUUGGUGAUGGUGCUCAUUCAGUUUGGUACCAUGGUGGUAGACCGAGCGCUCUACCUCAAAAAAACUGUCAUGGGAAAGGUCAUCUUCCAGGUCAUCCUUGUUUUUGGGAUUCAUUUCUGGAUGUUCUUUAUCUUACCUGGAGUGACGGAAAGGAAAUUUAGCCAGAACACUGUUGCCCAGCUCUGGUAUUUUGUGAAAUGUGUUUAUUUUGGCUUAUCAGCAUAUCAAAUACGCUGCGGAUAUCCAACUCGUGUUCUUGGCAACUUCCUCACAAAAAGUUAUAACUAUGUGAACCUGUUCUUAUUUCAAGGAUUCCGCCUGGUUCCAUUUUUGACUGAGCUGAGAGCCGUAAUGGACUGGGUUUGGACAGAUACCACUCUCAGUCUUUCCAGCUGGAUCUGUGUUGAAGAUAUCUAUGCUCAUAUAUUCAUCCUGAAGUGCUGGCGAGAGUCAGAAAAGAGAUAUCCCCAACCAAGAGGCCAGAAGAAAAAGAAAGUUGUGAAGUAUGGAAUGGGUGGCAUGAUUAUCGUCUUGCUGAUUUGUAUUGUCUGGUUCCCACUGCUCUUCAUGUCUUUAAUCAAAUCUGUUGCAGGCAUCACCAACAAGCCUCUAGAUGUAUCAAUCACAAUAACUCUAGGAGGUUAUCAGCCUAUUUUUACAAUGAGUGCUCAGCAGAGUCAGCUCAAGGAUUUGAAUCAGACUGGUUUCAGUGCAUUUCUGGGAAGCUAUAGGGGUAACACUGCUGCUUUGCAGUUUUUAGAGGGCUAUGGAAAAGAAGAUAUAACCCUUGCAGAUCUGGAAGGGAAUUCAAACUCCUUAUGGACCAUCAGCCCUCCCAGUAGGCAGAAAAUGAUACAGGGACUGCUGGAUUUUUCAGCUGAGUUCACUGUAGUACUUUCAUGGAGCAUUCAAAGAAAUCUCACUCUUGGUGCCAAAGCAGAAAUAGCAUCAGAUAAACUUACCUUUGGCCUACCAGAGCAAACCAGAAGAGAUAUUGCUACAAUGAUGUCUGGAAAGCCAUUGGAAAAGGUAACAUUAGAAACAGUGUAUCCGUACUACAUCAAGGCUCCUAGUGAUUCUCUGGCAAAACCCAUAAAGCAGCUAUUGACAGACUGCAGAUGGGAAAAUAUUACAGUUUCCCUGGUCAAAAAUGUGUCUGAAGAGGGAGUUCGUGAGUGGUGGGUUUUGAAUCAGCUUGGGAAAAGAUACAAAACAUCUGAAGAGAGCCUUGAACUCUUCAUAUUCAGUGAUAAAGUCAGUCCUCCAAGCCUUGGAUUCUUGGCUGGAUAUGGCAUCAUGGGACUAUACGCAUCAGUCGUCCUGGUGAUAGGGAAGUUCGUCCGUGAGUUUUUCAGUGGGAUCUCUCACUCCAUCAUGUUUGAGGAGCUACCCAAUGUAGACCGAAUCUUGAAGUUGUGUACUGACAUUUUCUUAGUGCGAGAGACUGGAGAACUGGAACUAGAGGAAGACCUGUACGCCAAACUAAUCUUCCUGUAUCGCUCACCAGAGACUAUGAUCAAGUGGACUAGGGAAAAAACUAAUUGAUCUCUUUGGUGUCACACUGCAAAUCAAGUUGAUUUCAUCUGAAUUUUAAAGAAAAGGAAAAGCACAAUAUUCUCUUAAGAGCUAAGCCUUUUAUAGUUAGGUAGCGAUCAUUUUUCACUGAAGGAGUCCUGGAAGCUACGGCCUUUGGAAUCCAUGCUGCCUUUCAAAUUAAGGAUCAACAGUGAAGAAAGUUGGAUGAUUUGCUGUUUUUAAUGUGCCACUCCUCUACAAUCUGGGGACAGCUUUGUAAUUUAAUCAACAAAAAGUUUGCAUCCCUGUCUGGCUAAUUUAAUUUUCCAGACAAUAAUUACCUUCAAAGAGAAAGGAAAGGAGUGAACCCACAAUUGACUCUAAAGGACCUUCCUAACUUUUUCUGGAGUCAUAUUGGAUUGUGCAAUAUGCUGUUGUACGUCACUGACUUUCAAGCUACAAGUUCUGAGACAGUGACUAGCCUUCAGGACACCCAAGACCCAGGGCCACAGUGGGAACUGCAUUCUAGCCAUACCCAUUUGUAGAAAAGCAGAGAUUUUGAUGUAUAAAGGACACCGCGGACAAACCUCUGCUAGCAAAAAGGAUACAAAUUACAAUCUCUUUAAAUGCCUUAUUUUAUUUGUACAGUCACAGAAAACAUUUCCACCAAACAUCAAUGACUCAGGAAAAAAAAAAAAACAGCAACUGAAACUUGACAUUUUGUCGAGGGUAACUAAAGG